GUGACCGGACUGAAUAAAAAGCUUGAUUUUGAAACUGUGAGUCCAGAUCAGCUGAAUCAUGAAGCUUUUAGUGUGUGCCGUCAUCCUGGUGCUCCUGUGUACCACCUCGGUGCAUUCUCUGCAAUGCUACACCUGUGAAAACGGGGACUGUAAGACCCCCACAGAUUGUCCAACAUCCAGCAACUUCUGCCAAACUGUUGUGACGUCUGAUGAGCUCCUCAGGACGUGUGAGGAAUUCUGUGUGCCGGGAGUGAACACCUACUGCUGUAGCGAAGACCUGUGUGGUUGACGAGCAGCUCGUCACGGCCAUGGAGCUUUACAUGAAUGCAAUACUCGAGGCGAUCGUAUAGUAAUCUCUAAUCUUAAAAAACAUGUACUAACUCACUUGAAUGCUUUUAAAUGCUUAAAUAAAAUCCAAUUCGAUCAGUGUA